AUGGAUCCAAUCCCUAUUAACCAGCUCACAAGGCCCACAAGGGUGCAGGAAGACCCUGAGGCCACACAUUUCCUCAUCAUGAUGAAGCUGAUCCUGUCUCUCACUCUCAUCUGGACUCUCUCCAGCACAGCUGAAGCUCUUCAGUGUUGGCAGAUUUCAGGAAAUGUAACAGAGUUACAUCCAUGUAAAUCUACGGAGCUGUGUGCAACUUCUGCCCAACAAGUGUUUGACUUAACACCAAAUAAGGAUUGGCGUUCCAUUCAGUUCCUCAGUAGGUUGUGUUUGCCAUCCUCCCAUCUCAGUGAAGGAAACCACACAGUUUCACUCAAUGUUGGUGUUCUAAAUGUGACAACAUCCGUUCAUGUGUGUAACACAGAUGGCUGCAACAGUGAAGACAUACCUUACCUUGGUGUUCAGGAGAAAAACAGCCUGAAGUGUUUCACCUGUGAUGAUCCAUUUUCUCCUGUGUGUAACAAGACAGUAGAGUGUGUGGGAGUGCAGGAUCGCUGCAUUAAUGGGACUGCGGUAGAUGGACGUAACAAGAAUGCAACACUUCAUAUCUUUGGAUGUGUCUCUGCAAACAUCUGUGAAGACACUCGACGCUUGGAGUUCUUCAUGAAAAUUAAAUUCCUUCGUAAACCAAAAUACUGUGAAAGAAACUUGUGUAACUCAGCCUGGUCUGUCAAACUCAGUGUGAUGUCUUUGCUGUUGGGACUCUUUACCCUUACCUUCUAUUAGAACUAAUAGAAACUACCUUAAUAGCAAAAGUAGCUGUGUAAUGUAUGUAAGUAGGCCAAAUACAUUGGUCAUUGGUUUCAUUGAUUUACACAGUGAGAUUCCUUAAACAUUUUGAAUGCUUUAGUUUGGUAAAUUAUAAUUUUAAUCAUAACUGCAGACAUUACCCUCAAACACAGUCUAUGUUGUACAUGUUUAUUUCAUUAUUUUAUUUUCUGGAAACAAAGUGCAAAUACUACGCAAAUACGAGUGAUCAUUUGCUUAGUUUGUCGGACUCUGUGACAGGAAAAGUGACUGGUUGUAUCUGAACAUUGAUAGAUGUAAGAUGUUUGAGCUUAAUGAGAGAUUUUCUCAGCAUGGCUUUCUGACAGACUGAAUGAGCUAAAACAGAAACAUGCAAACUGUGGUUAUGCUGUGACAGUUGUGUGAAAGAUAAAGCACAUACAUGCCUCUGGUUGGAUUAGUGUAAUUGAA